AUGAGAACACCAUCAACCAUCCUAAGGAACCUCUCCUUGCGGCGGAUUCAACCAAGGGUGCCGGUAGCCGCAGUGGCCCCGUUGCCGGAGACAACCCAAUUCAACCGAGCACUCACGGUGGAGCUUGACACCCUUCAGUCACAAGGCAUUGGAGUUAGUGAACUUGGGUUGGAUCAGUUACUUGAUGCUGCCAUCAAUACACAAAAAAUUGCGUUGGAUUCACUAGUAAAAGUUUCUUACAGAGAUGAUGUUGACCAUGGAGCUAUGGAAGAGUACCUAGAAAGAAACAUUGAUAUUCUUGAUGCAUGCAAUUACUUUGUGGAAAGAAUAGAGAACAUGAAGAAGUAUGUGGAUUCAUUGAGAGUGGUUGCACGCUUGGUUGAUAGUGAUGCCAUGGCAUCAGCACGUGCAUUGGACCAAUUGAAAUCAUGUCAUGAUAUAGAAAAGAAAUGCAAAGCAAUGGGGAAGCAUGGCUUGUGUUUGAUGAGAAGAAUGUUGAGGCAAAAGCUAAGCCAUCAUCAUGAAAGUGAGUUCAGUGAGAUUGUGUGUGGUUCCAAUGCCAUGGCCUUAAAGGGGUGUAGGUUUCUUGAACUUGGCUUGUCAUUUGAUGAUUCCAAACAUGGAUUGCCAAUGAUGAAGCAAUGUCAACAUCACACCAUGAAUGAGUUGGCAGGGCAAGCAGAGGGAAGUGCUGAGAAGAAGCUGAAAAGAAGAAGAUCUGGGUCUUUCAUGAUGAAUGAGUUGCACCAGAUGGUGAUUGCUGCUAGGGAAUUGAAGGAACAGAUGAAGGGUAAAAGGGAAAAAGAGAUGAUUAAGUCUUCUGUUGAGAGACUAAAGAAAAAUUGCAGGGAAUUGGAAGAUGGGCUUGAUUUCAUAGAGGGGAGAGUAAAGGAUCUGUAUAAAAGUUUGAUUGAUGUUAGAAUGGUUUUGCUGGGAAUUCUAUCCCAUGCAUAA